AUGGCCCUUCGAGUAAUACGGCACAGCAACUGGGACCAUUUUCGGCUAGUCAUGAAAGAGAGGACAGGAGCGGUCAUGUUGAAGAUGCCCAAUACUCACGACAGGCUCGUAAUUGUCAUCAGCCUUAUUGUCACGGACCCCUAUCUCACCCGAGGCGUAACACCUCGACGGUCGGCGUCGCGCUGCCUAGAGUCGCGGAAUAACUCAAAGGGUCAAGAUCGGACCAGGAGGACGUACGACACGGCUAAUGGAACGAACCUUAACCAUCGCUACACUUGUCAUGUGGGCCUACGAGAAGCACCUACAGUGCAUCUGACGGCAGAGCUAUUGUUUUCCGACAUUAUCGAACACUGCGGCGACAAGGAAUGGGAGGAACUGGGAAGCAAAGAGGGCGUCUUAGCUGAAGGAGACCGGUCAGCGGCCAACAUCGGAAGAGAACACCAUCGCACUGGGAUGGACUAUGCGCCAGCUAGUCGCAUCGACUACGACCACACCGACGUUUUGUCUGUUAUCAUGACAAAGACGGGUCAUCAGCAUCACCGAAGGAUAAAGACCAGCGUGAACGAAGGACCAACGCGAGACCUCGGUAACCGCCAGAGCCGCUGUCGUUCGGGACUACUACUGUUCCUGAUGUGCAGCAGCUAGUAGUCGUUGGCCUUAGGACGUGCCGAGAAAAGCAAAACUCAAGGAAACCAACGGCUGGAGAUUUCUGAUUGGAGACCAGGGCGACUUAAACGGACGAUUUGGGGGCCCAAAAAUGAAGAAGACGGACGGAAGCAACGAAAGUCGAAACCCUUCAAAUGUCUUUGCCAUCUCUCAUCACAACGGGAACCAUGAGAUACUACUCAGCCUCCAAGAGACUUGGUUCCCGUCCGGAUAAGACCGGGGCGACAGGACGUACUGAGCGUGUCUGGACUGCGGGGUGGCUCACGGCCCAGCUGUGAUGAGGUGAACGGGCGACUGCAGUUUCUGGCUGAAACAUGGAAUACUACCGUGAAACCCGAAGUAAAAGGAGGAUUGCCCGCGAUGUUACUGCGAUGAUGGAGCGGGAGGAAAAGCGCAAUUGUGAUGAAGAGGAGGCCACCUGAUCCAGUUCCAUCGACGGGAGGAUUGGCGGAUGCGGAUACGUAACGCCUCAUCCACCUCGCUCUUUCCUUAUUCGUCAUAUUUGGGAAGCGCAUACUGUUGGCACUGUCCAGAACGGAACCAUGCCACUCACCUCAAUUGUUUUUUGCAUUCUUGAUGUUCUUUCCAGAUUAGACUUGGACGAUGGGGAAGGAAGAACCAUUGCACGGCGCAAACGGUCACUCGAGCGAACUGCAGUGUCUCCUGCAAUAAUCUCAAUGAAAUUCAAUAAUGUCCCAAUUAGUUUGAAAUUAGGCACUUACAUUGACCAGAUUUUAAUCAUUAUUGCAAUCAAGG